AGAGCAAUGGAAAAUGAAUUGAAAAUUUUACUAUAUUGUGGAUAAACUCUAUUGGGCCUUUCAGAUUGAGCCCAUUGGGCUUUUGUCGGUCCAUAUUUGAAAAUGUCUUUGGAGCUUUUUACCGGAAUUGGACUCUAUAAACAGAUUUCGCAGCGGCGGGAAGAAGAAGAGCAAAGGCGGUCGGAUAUGGAAGGCGGUGAAUCGGAGAUGACGACAGUAUCGCGUCAUCAUUUCGGAGAUGACUCGGACCGACCGGACUUGUCUAUAUCCAUAAUCGAGAAUAUGAAAGAAGACUAUGGGCUGUUCGUGUGGCCUUGCAGUAUAGUCCUGGCGGAGUAUGUUUGGCAGCAAAGACUGCGUUUCGCCGGAGCUAGUGUGGUUGAGCUUGGUGCUGGAACUUCUUUGCCUGGUUUGGUUGCCGCCAAAGUGGGCGCUGACGUCACUCUUACUGAUGAAUCCAAUAGGUUAGAGGUGCUGAGCAACAUGAAAAGUGUUAUUGAACUUAACAAACUUCAAUGCAAUGUACUAGGAUUGACAUGGGGAGUUUGGGAUGCAUCUAUAUUCAGUUUACACCCGAAAAUUAUUCUUGGGGCUGAUGUAUUGUAUGAUGCUAAGGCCUUUGAUGACCUCUUUGCCACUGUGGCAUAUCUGCUCCAGAAUUCUCCUGGUUCGGUCUUCAUAACAACGUACCAUAAUCGAAGUGGGCAUCAUCUUAUUGAAUUCUUGAUGGUCAAAUGGGGAUUGAAGUGUGUGAAGCUUCUGGAUGCGUUUUCAUUUAUGCCAUCCAGCAAAGCAUCUGGGCUAAGUGGAAACCUUCAAUUGGCAGAGAUUGUUCUGGACAGUGAACAUCGCUGAGAUAAUGGUUUUUAGGGUUUUGGUUAUUUAUGGUAAUGCCACCACUCUGACUUGCAUUCACGC